UGAACUCGUGAACUCCAUAAGAUUUCGCAAGUUGAUGUUUGCAUAUUUAACUGUAUCCUGUUUCUAAAUACAUAAAAAUACCUGCCUCACGACUUGUCCGUGCAUAAAACAGCAAGCAAUAAAUAAUAAUGCGAUCCUCCAAGUUUAAUUCAUCUUCUGGUAGAAUCGCUUGAUGGGUGAAGACACCAACAGCUAACUCGGAUUACAACAGAAUUCUGUUACGGAGAAGUUUUAAUUUGUGUGUUCCGACAGUGAACUCGGGUUAGAACGUAACCUAUCAAUUUACAAAAUUCUGUUACAGAGUAGUUCCGGAUUUACUUCGUAUGUGUUUAUUUUUUUAAAACAAAAAUGGAUCUCUCCUACUUCUGCUCGAGGAUAUUUUUGAAUUUUUUUUUAGUGUGUAUAUUAGGUUAUUUAAACUUUGUUAAUACAAGCGAAGAAACAGAUUUAACCAAAGAACCAGGACAUUUACAAAAAUUCGGAACUGGGCGUCCAGGACAUCAAAUAGAAGAAAUCGUAGGUUUCCCGAACCCAGGGGAUUUUUUUACUAAUUAUUAUCUUCCGCAAAAACCUGUCAAGCUCAGGACUGGUGCGAAACUUUCCCCAGCAUUCCAUUUGUGGACCGAUGAGUAUUUUUUAAACCUCGACGUCCCCCCGAAGAGUAAAGUUCAUCUGGAGACAGUGAAGAAAGAAAGUAGACAACAGAGAACGUUACAUAUGGAUUUUAAAAAGUUUGUGAAGAAUUAUAUGAAUACAUCUUAUUAUAUGGUGGAUACUGUCCCAGCUUUUUUAAAACCUGAUCUGGUGUUACCGUGUAGUCUUCAAUGUCCAGAGUUAUUGGAUAACAAGUUUGUUGAGAUUAUGAUGUGGUUCAGUAGUGGUGGUACUAAUUCUGUCGUCCAUUAUGAUGCUGUAGAUAAUAUCAACUGUGUUUAUCGUGGAAGUAAAGAUUUUGUAAUCGUUGAUCCUGUUAAAUAUGAGGGCAUGGUACCUAUUGACAGACCCGAAGGAUCCUAUUCUGAUAUUGACGUAGAUAAGAUGGAUUAUAUAAAAUAUCCGACCUUAGCUAAAGUAGAAUAUAUACACGCCCAUAUGGAACCUGGUGAUUGUCUUUAUAUUCCAUAUAAAUGGAUACAUCAAGUGAGAUCAUAUAAUAGUAAUCUAGCUGUAAAUAUUUGGUGGAACCACUACGAUGCGUUAGAUGUUGAUACGAGUAAAUGUAAUAAAGAAUGUGAUAAGACCAUGACUUUAGACAAGGUUAAAACAACAGGAUUUGACUACUUGUUGAACUCAAAUGAAAAUAUAAAAGCUCAUUUGUCCGAUGGUUUAGCAGCAGCACCUGGUAAAGUUAUGACAUAUGAGAAAUUUAUUCACUAUAUUUGUCCGAUGAUACGGGAUGCUGAAGGAGAUGAAUUUAUUAAAGAAGAAAUUGAUAAUAUGAAAGAGAAUGCUAACAAGAUGUUGGAUGUAAUAGAUCAAGAUAAAGAUGAACAGAUAUCUUUACAGGACAUCACAACACUUUCUUCAGCACAAUUGUUGGAGAUAUCUGGUAUUCUAAAUGUUAUGGAUGCUAUACAAGAUUCUAUAGAUCAAAAGUUCAGUGACGAGGAACUAGAGGGUGGUGACGGGCUUCAAGAUGAACUUGGUGAUGAAGGUCAACUGAUUGAUGUAUUUGAAAAACUUAAAUCAGAUCGUGAUGAACUUUAGUUAUAAUAAUUUUUACACAAUUUUUCAAAUAUUUCUUUUAGCAACUCAUAUCAUUUUAGCAAGUUACUUUUCAUCUGUCCCCCAGCAUUCAAAGGGGUUCAUCCUUCUAUCUGAAAUUAAACAUUUCAUGAGUUAAACAUACAUUAUCCAAGAGAUAAAUUUGCCUAUUGCAGGUCUUUCUUUAGGCCUGAAAUGUUAUAUAAACGUCUAUCUAUUUCCAGCAUGGUCUUUGUAGUUCAUAUACUGCUGCUGUAAAGGCAGCAGUGCCAAUAAAAAACAAACUGAACCCCAAUAUUUAUAUACCACACAUUCACAUAAUGUUUCCAAGAAUCUAUGGAUGUGUGCUUGUUUGAGAUGUGUUCUGUUUUAGACAGGCCUGGAAAUACCGCUUUUAGAUGUACCUGACAAAAUGUCACGCACUAAUGAAAUAUUACCUGACAUUUUCAACUUAGUGCCGGACAUGUAUUAAUAAUAUCAAUAAAAGAAGACAAAUCAACGCAGGAGAAAAUGACAGGCACCAGAAGUUUUGUGCCUGACAAAGCCUGAAUCUGUGCCUGACAUUGUAUGUGACAGGUGCCUUAUUUCCAGGCUUGGUUUUAGAUGUGUGCACUUUUGUGUAAUAUGUGGCCAAUGGAUCACAUAUGUUUUGUAAGAGGUGUGUUUUUUAAGAUGUGUGCACUUGUUUAAGAUGUGUGCACUUGUUUAAGAUGUUUACACUUGUUAAGAUGUUCAUAUUUGUUAAAGAUGUGUGCACAAUACAAAAAAUUAAAAAUGAUGUCCUAUUAUAAAAUCAAAUCAAUCCAUACAUGUGACUUUGUUCAAAUUGCAUAGAUCUUGCUGUAGA